AAAAACCAAAAUAAUACACAAACACGGACGACUUCAAAGAGAAACCAAACUCAAGAUCCUACGAACUAGAUAGAAAGAAGACAGAAAAAAGAAGAAAUGAGAACGGCUGUUUAGGACACGAGAGCGGGUAUUUGGGAAACGAGAGCGGAUAAUUAGGAAACGAGGACGCAUAUACAUACUAGAACGAGCACAAGCACCAAGGACCUACAAGCAACAACAUCGCUGGAUUUUCCGUUGGAUAAUGACUUCGACUACCGCCAUUGAUCGCGAAAUAAUCCCACCCAGUCCAACAGAUAUCUUCAAGAACCUUACUGUUUUUAUUGAUCCUUCACUACCUGCGAUCUUGGCAUUACAACUCAAGGCGUUACUUAUACACAACCGCGCGAAGGUUGCCUCAGAUUCAACACCGGAUAUCGAUCAGGUCUUAGCUUCAAUCCAAGUUGAUUCUCCCACAGAUACUACCGAUCAAGCUGGUUCCUCCAAGCCUUCUCGCCUUCUCAUCUCAAACCUCAAGCCCCGCUUCGAUCUCACUGAGACCACUCAUGUUAUUACCAACUCCAUACACUUGCCUGAAUACAUCGCGCUUGGUAGAUGGGAAGACGAAGCUGGUAACAUUAUCUCCUUCUCAUAUCAACUUCAAUCCACUCCAAACAAUGGCAACGACGCCCAGGAGGAAUCUAGACCAUCUCCCGAUCCCAACAUUCCCAGAGUCCAUCGGUCUAUUUAUCUUGUGACACCGCUAUGGGUCACCCAAUGUUAUGAUCUCAACAAAUUGUUACCAACCAGCGCGUAUUCCCCCGACCCUUACAAGUUCUUAUCUGGGAUCGUGAUUGCUUUGGACUCGGGUGCAAAACUACCAAGGGCCGAUGUUGAAUUGAUUCAAGCUUGUGUCCAAGCUUGGGGCGGUCAAUUCCGACAAGGUUUAACCAAAGAAGUAACCCAUCUGAUUUGCUGUGAUGAGGAUACGCGGGACUACAAGAUUGCCAACAAAUUGAAGGUCGAACUGGGUCUGAAGAUCGUCCUGCCGCACUGGUUUCAUCACUCAGUUUCCUUCCGCCGUAUUAUUUCAGAAAAGCCUUUUGAAUUCCCCUCUCCAGAAAUCCUCAAAGCGCGCUCUCCGUCGAUGUCGGCAGAUUGUCAGCAUGGAAUCAACGGCCUACCUGGGACCAAGCUUCCACCCAUUGGAAACCCGAUCGAGGAAGACCCCGAGGUUGAAUCACAUUCACACAAGAAAGCCACUGAGAUGGCUUUUGGUGCUCAGAAUGUAUCUACGAGACCUGUGAGUCAGGGUUUGUUUGAUUACUUGCAAGUAACCAACCCAGAUUCUUUGGAGGAAAAUCCGACUAUUAAGCACUCGUCCAAACUACCGCAGCAUUCGCUCAAGGAUACUCCGGCAUAUCGUGAAUUUCAAGACAAGUCUGUAUAUUUGGUCUCUUCCUUAGGCCUUAGUUUGUCGGCUCGAAGGACCCUGUCCAGAAGAAUAGAAGAGCUUGGAGCAAAGGUGUUUGAUGGCGGUGAUAUGAAACUCACAAAACUUGAUAAAGUUCGAUCGGAUGCAAAGCUCCUGAAAGACGCGACUAAUGCGGAGGAGAACUUGAAGAACUCGGACAUUGUGAUUUGUGAGUGUAGAACUGGAUGGGAAUUUUGGCUAGCGUGGGACCAAGGCAAGAAGAUCGGAACCCUGCACUGGAUCUUGUGUAUCUUAAACAAUCUCGAUUCCCCCACCUUCGCAAUCCGACCCCCAACAGAAAGGUUACUAGACUUUCCCUGUCCCCCGGGGCCCAUCAGUGGCUGCGACCCCGAAAGCAAGCCAAUCACAGUUACAAACUACGCUGGGGCGGCACGUGCGCAUCUAAUAAAACUAAUCGAGAAGAUGCAUAUGACAUUUAGUGGGGCGCUUGAUCAGAACACGUUCAUGGUGGUUGCUGCCAAUAAGGCAGGGUCGAAAGUGGAUUUUGCUAACAAGAGUGGAAUUCAGAUUGUGAACCACCACUACAUCGAAGAUUGCUUCCAAAAUUGGUCAAAGCAAAGUAUCCAAACACAUCAUCUGACCUUUCCUGAUGGUGUGAAUAUUUGUGAAUUGGUCGGACAAGUCACCCGAACGCUUGAUGGGAUCUCCAAGUGGACUAAGCGCACCGAAGUUAAGGAGCAAAAGAAACGGGAUCUGUCCGUCUUGCCUUCAAAACUCGUCAAAAUUCCUCUCUCAGAGAUCUCUUCAACGAUACCCCCCGAAGAUGGGAACCCUCAGCCUUCUACGUCGACAGUGCUCCAACAAAUCAACAACUUUCCGCAAAAUCCAGAAGCUAGCGUAGCAGAAGCACCAACAGCCAAACGCGUGAACCGAAAACCACGUUUGAUAUCAGACUCUACUGAACUUUCAAGAAUUUCUGCAUCAGAUAUCUUGAUGGCAGAUGAACCACGAUUGCCAUCGGAUUCUGCUGAACUUUCAAGUCUUAAUGCUUCAGAUAUUUUGAAGGUAGCAGCUAUUGAGCCACUGGAGAGUCCUAGGAAUUCUUCAAGCCGAGGAUCAAUUCCCCCGAUAGAAGUAGACGAUCGCGAUCUUGCCUUAAUUACACCACGACCCAGUCGUCAAUCACCUCGGAAGCGUUCCUCUACACUGGUCGAAUUAGAUUCCAAUCCAUCGAAAAAAACUAAGAAGGGAUCCAAUACUGAUACCGAGACCAAAAAGCUUGACACAACUGCUCCACCAUCCCGAGCGUCCCCGCCUGAUCGACCUGGCAGCGUAGGCGGUCGAGAUAGUAGUCCGAUCUCGACACCAAUCCAGCCCAAGCUUACCAAAUCAGCGAAGCGGCCAGUCUCGUCGAAAAAGGCGUUGAUGAGAACUACCCCCACGGCUCCACUUUCAGCCACCCGGUCAUCAACUCGUAAAGCAGCUCAAGUGGCUAUUCAGAAUGUCAAAAGUGCGGCCGAAGAUAUGAACUUGCACGAAAAGGAGAAAAAGAAAAAGCGGAUCUCGGGUGGGCCUUUGAUUGGCAUGGAAGAUGGUGGCUACUUUGGGUCACCGAAAAAACCUAGCCAGCCAGCUUCCAGAAAACAAUCUAAAGACCCCGUUAAACGCGAAGCGGAUGAGCAGAGUGAGGCGAUUUCAAAUGAAGAAGGAAAAUUGCCGAAUUUGGGACUAUCCAAGAAGAAAGGAAAGCGAGCGAGUGGUGAGAGCAAGUCUGCCCCAGACGAUGAAGCUCAAAGUAGUGACCUAGAGUCUCUGACGAUCAAGGGCGUGAAAAAGCCUAAGCAAAAGGUGAAGGUCGAGGACUCGGAGCUGGAUUAUCUAUCCAAGUCGAUAUCAGUCGAUCAUCUUGACCGCAAGACCAAAUCGACACUCGGAUCCAGAUCCAAUUCGACCCUUGCUGGCUCAUCAAGUUCGAGAAAGAUUUGUAUUACUGAAAGUGGUACCAGGAUCGGGCCGAAGAUUUCUAACAAAUUGGGCAAGAUGGGCGCUAAGUUCAUCGAGUCCACUCCUUCACUCAAUGACGGUUGCACACAUCUGUUGACGAAUAAAAUCGCCCGCACUGAGAAGUUCCUUAGCUGUAUCGUCUUGGGUUGUUUUAUCGUUGACCAUCAAUGGGCUGAGGAAUGCGCCAAAAGGAAUGAAUUUGUUGAUGAAGAAGGAUACGAAUUGAAAGAUUUGGAAGGCGAACGGUUGCAUAAGUUCGAACUAAGUCGAUCUCUAAAGAUCGCUAGGACUCAUAAGAUAUUGACCGGGUUUCAAAUCUUUUUGACCCCUUAUGUUGCUAAUCAACAUUCUAAACUGUUGAAGAAAUUGAUCUUACUCGCCGGAGGACAAGUUGCAACCAAAAUCCCACCGCUCCAAGACCUUCAAAGGACGGCCGACGAGAUCAAGAGACAAAACUCCCUAGAAAACGAUGAUGAUGGUUCAGGAGGCAGAGGGGGAAACAAAUCAUUGAUAGUUUCGUGCAAAGAAGACCACAAAUAUUUGAAGACCCAUCUGAUCAAGAAGUUCCCGACCAAGUUUCUAAUAAGUGAUGAUGACUAUCCGAACGGUUCAGACGAUGAUGAUGAACCUUCCUUGAUCAGAAUCUUUGACUCAAAUUUGAUUUUACAAGGACUGUUGGUUCAGGAGAUCAAAUUCGAGAAGAGAUUUGUGCUUGAUUGUUCUGGACUUUUGUAGCCUUAAACGCAUUUCGAUAUACCCCACAUAUUCAGCUCUAUUUCUCUGACCUUGAUCAGGACAGCACUCCUCUAUUGCCUCAAAUCAUUCCUUUCUUUCUCCCUCUCCCCCUCUCCCUCUCUGUGGGCAUCUGACGACAGCAGUAGCCUUUUGUUUUCUUUGUAUCCGUAGUCCAUUUAUCUCAUUAAGUACACAUACCCCCAUUACCCUGUUUUGUAUCAAACAAAACACAAAAACUCACAGCAAUUAAGUCGGGCAACCGUAAUAACUGAUGAAAAAUCAGUCAGUUGUUCCAUUUGCAUAAUGGCUAACAAAUCCUCUUGUCUGUUCAUAGCACAGGCAAGUCCGAUUGCCAGGCACUCAUUG